ACUGCUGGUUGCUCGCACUGACCAGCUCGCAGCCAAAGAGCUCCUCUUGUCCCUUCUCACACUGAUCGAGCUUUAACAACCAGAACUUCACCCCCUGAAAAAAACUGGAAAAAAAAAACAUUACUCCAGAGGAAGUUAUUGCUCAAGUCUAAAGGACACGUGUAACCAAAGCUGAAAGUGUGAGAGAGAUCGAGAGGAGCAACAGGUAACAAGUGAAUCAGCAACACCUUUAUGGUGUUUCCGUCACAGCUGAGAGGAGUUUGAGUCCCUUCGCCUUAAUAACAGCUCUGCAAACAACAGCCAUGACUCAGAGCAACGGGGAGAACCCGCAGAGGACCCGGAGCGGCCUCAACCAGAUCCGAGCCAGGAUCCAGUCCCGGUCGCUGCUGGCCAUGAAGAGAGCGAAGAACAUCUCGAAGGAUGAUGUUAAAGGAUUCUUCAUAAGAAACGCCUUUGUGCUCCUCACCAUCGCUGCUGUCAUUAUCGGGAUAAUUCUGGGCUUCGCCCUGCGGCCUUACAAGAUGUCGUACCGUGAAGUGAAGUUCUUCUCUUUUCCCGGAGAACUGCUGAUGAGAAUGCUGCAGAUGCUCGUGCUGCCCCUGCUGGUUUCCAGUCUCAUCACAGGUAUGGCCGCUCUGGACAGCCGUGCUUCCGGUAAAAUGGGUAUGAGGGCGGUGGUCUACUACACCACCACUACCAUCAUCGCUGUGAUCAUAGGCAUUGUCAUGGUGCUCAUCAUUCACCCUGGAAAAGGAUCCAAGGAAGAAUUCACCAAGCAGCAGAAGAUAGAGCAGGUCAGCCCCGCUGAUGCCUUCCUGGACCUCAUCAGAAACAUGUUUCCUCCGAACCUUAUAGAGGCUUGUACCAAACAGUUCAAGACGCAGUAUGCCAAGAGAGUAGUCCAAGUGACGAUGACGGUGAACGACUCGAUAUUCACGCUGAAUGAUAGCCGGGAGUUAACCCGGGAGGAGAUGAUCCCAGUGCCGGGGUCGGUGAAUGGAGUCAACGCUCUUGGCCUGGUGGUUUUCUCCAUAUGCUUUGGUCUGAUCAUCGGGAGCAUGAGGGAACAGGGACAACCCCUGAAGGACUUCUUCGACUGCCUCAAUGAGGCCAUUAUGAGGCUGGUCGCCAUCAUCAUGUGGUAUGCCCCGAUUGGUAUCCUGUUCCUGAUUGCUGGUAAGAUCGUGGAGAUGGACGACAUCACAUCCAUGGGCGGCCAGCUGGGAAUGUACACAAUUACAGUGAUUUGUGGGCUGCUCAUCCACGCCAUCAUCGUCCUGCCAACACUGUACUUCCUGGUCACGAGGAAGAACCCCUUCGUUUUCAUAGGUGGGCUGUUGCAGGCACUCAUCACCGCCCUGGGAACGUCCUCCAGUUCGGCCACAUUGCCCAUCACCUUUAAAUGCCUGGAGGAAAACAACAAGGUGGACAAACGCGUGACCCGCUUCGUGCUUCCAGUUGGCGCCACCAUAAACAUGGACGGCACAGCUCUGUACGAAGCCCUCGCAGCCAUCUUCAUCGCUCAGGUCAACGAUUAUGACCUCAACUUCGGACAGAUUCUCACCAUCAGCAUCACAGCCACGGCAGCCAGUAUCGGAGCAGCUGGAAUCCCUCAGGCAGGACUGGUCACCAUGGUGAUAGUGCUAACAUCUGUAGGCCUGCCCACCGAUGACAUCACCCUCAUCAUCGCAGUUGAUUGGUUCCUGGACCGAUUGCGCACCACCACCAACGUCCUCGGAGACUCCAUCGGUGCAGGUAUAGUUGAACACCUGUCGCGUCACGAGUUGCAGAAAAAGGACCCCGAGUUCGGCAACUCGGUGGUGGAGGAGGCGGACAAGAAGCCGUACCAGCUCAUCUGCCAGGAGAAUGAGUACGAGAAUGAAAGGCGUCCUGACAGUGAGACCAAGAUGUAGGCAGAGAGGGCGACAGUUUUGUACGAGGUUGCAUAUUUUCUUAGAAGGAACAUUGCACCACACUGAACCACAUUCUCGAUGAAGCUUUUCUUAAUUUGCCAACCUUCAAGGUUAAAUUUUUAUCUACAGCUAGAAAAUAAUUCAGCCAAGACGAGUUCCACUAACGUGCGAGGUGUGAGGUUCUCCUGACACACUUGAAAUGGUUCACUGUUGCAUCGUUGUUGUUUUUUUUUGUUUUUUUUAUAAGGGUUUGCGCUGUGACGUUUCCUAAGAGUACUACAUGUAUCUGCCAUAGGGUGGCAGCCGUUUACUAUUCAGAAUGAGCUACUCGGUGCGUGCCACAUCCAACUCCUCUCAAAACUGUGUUGACUAAUCUCACCCACUAGAGGUCAGUAUCGCUGUGAGUCUGAACACCGCAGCACAUCACAAACCACACUUCUACAGGCUUUGGCUUUACGUAAAAGGUGUUGCAUUUGUUUUGUUUGAGUGGUGUUGUGUAUGGAGGAUGUAUGUGAAGUGGAAAGUGUUGGAUAUCAUGCACAUACACUGGGGUGACCAACUGCUUUAAUGAGGAAAAAAGGGCUGUCUAUUUACAAACCUCUGUACAGAGACCGCUGGCUUUAUUUGCUAUGAUGUGGUGUACAAAUUCAACUGAAUGAAUUAAUGAAUGAAUGAUGGCACGAAUACGCCUGGUACCUACCUGUCUAAACCUGUAAGUGCUUUUAUUAGAAGCUGUCUGAUCAUCUUGGCUCCCGUCCGGCCCCUCAGACCUGUCUUCACAAUCAUUAUCAAAACUGACGAACCAAAAUACUCGGCAAACUGUAAAGUUGCUCUGCUGAGAAUCCAAACUGUUGUUAAAUCAGAAUAAGCCAUUAACUAAUAACCAAAACAAUGGACCAAAAAUAUUAUCCAAAUUUGGGUACAGCUUAAUUCAAUCAUACCCACCCAAAACCCAAACAUUCCGUUAACCCGCACAAUAAUUCAGCACUGUUUCAGUAGGAAGAUAGUACUGACUAAAUUCUGAUACUGACAUAGAGCGCAACAUUUAUUGGUGUUGAGCAGUUUUCUCGCGCUAAAUUACUAAAAUGGUAGUCGGGAAAUGUAAUUUUCCUUUUUUUGGUCUUGUCUAUUCAGAUAUUCUUUAGAUUGAUAAAAUCUGAUGUUUAUUUUGAUCUGAUUUUGUAUGAAUGCACGUCAUGAAGUCAUGAAUUUCACUUAAUCCCCCGUGUUUUGUUGUAGCUAGCUUGAAUUUUGCGUUUGUUUUUAAUUCAGCAUGUAUUAGAAAUGUAACAUUUACAUAGAAGUUGCUCUGUAUAGAAGAUUUUUUUUCUGAAUAUACUGUGCUUGUAUAGAGAAUUUGUAGAUAAACGUGUACAUUAACUGUAGAUUUAAUUUGUAAAGGGGUUACUUGAGGAUUGCACAUGUGAAGAUGCUGUAGCCGUGCUCUUGUCGUACCUUGUGACCUAACUAACAAUCUCUCUUGUUCCUUUUUUAUAAAAAAAAAAAAACCCACGCAAAACUGGCUGAUUUUAGGGACCAAAUGUUUUUCCUUUGUCACACUUGAGGAAAUGGAACAAUUCCUUUUGUUUACAGUUGCUGGUGUCCCUCUAGAAAUGACUGUUUCUCCCCUGAAUUCACACGUGAUCGCAAAACGACAUGACUGCAAAAAAUAGUUGUACUUUUAUCCUGCAUGGAUUCUUUUUUAAUAAAAACAAAAAAAUGAAA